GGAGCGGGUCCGGGCGGAGGAGGAGCGGGGUCAGAACCGCCAUGCCGUUCGUGGAGCUGGAAACCAGUCUGCCGGCUGAGCGGCUGCCCCCGGGGCUGGCCCAGGGGCUCUGCGCUGCCACCGCUGACAUCUUGGGCAAACCGGCGGAGCGGGUGAACGUGACGGUGCGGAGCGGGCUGCCCAUGGUGGUGUCCGGCUCUGCAGAGCCCUGUGCCCAGCUGCACGUCUCCUCCAUCGGCGUGGUGGGCUCGGCGGAGCAGAACCAGCGGCACAGCGCCCGCUUCUUCGACUUCCUGACGGCCCAGCUGGGGCUCGGCCCCGAGCGGAUUGUCAUCCGCUUUUACCCGCUGGAGCCCUGGCAGAUUGGAAAGAACAGGACAGUCAUGACAUUCCUGUGAUUGCUUGAGUGGCCACUUGGAACAAAGCAAUGAUGAAGACAACGUAGAGAUGACCAGCUCCAUCUACUUGUUUCUUCUUAUAAUCAAAUCUGGGUAGCUCUGCACCUUCACCUGAUAAUUCACUUUUGUCUUUGUGUUCCUUGAACACAAAGCUGAAGAGUGAGGCAAUCAGAUGUACUAAUUUUAUUAAAAUAGUUCAAGGUCUUUGUCUCAAGCCUGUCUUGCAGCACUCACUGCUUGUGCCUGUGAGUGGUGAUGGCAAUAUAUGGGCUGAGAAGAAGCUCUCCUGCAGUAGAAAAAACUUGAACUCUAGAGCACAUAUGGCACUAUUGAGGACCAGGGAGGUUCCUGGGUUCAUCCAAAUUUCCUCAUAGUUUGCAAGGCAGGAAAAUCCUUCUUUUUGUUUCUCUGUGGCAGCAGAAGUGUCCAGGGCAGGCUCAGAAGACCUAGGAGUCAAAUUCUUCUCUUUAGGCUCCUUAAAAGCCCUUUUGGGAAAGGGAUGUGAUUAUAGAAUAGGAAAUUUAUGUAUUUAUAUAAUUCUAUUUAAGGCUCAUACCAGAUUCUGUGCUUUGGCAUUGCCAGCCCUGUUGGCUGCUCCUAAAAACUUAUUUCUCUGCAAGAUUUCCAUGGCUGAAUGUUUGCCGAUGACAGUGUGUAAGGGAGAGUCUCUUGUGAAGAAUUGCACUGUGCCACAGGAAAAUAUUUUGAAGGUUCUGCUACUGACAGCUUUAAUUCCUGUCAUUCAUCCAGCUGUUCACUAUGUUUCUACUCACCCCACUGUUAUGGGGGGUUUUGGGUUGAUGCAGCAUCUCACUGUGUUCUGUCAGUUGUGUUUUCAGCUCACUGUUCCUGCAGGGAAGUGUUUUGGGUGGUUUAGGACCCAUACGCUCCCUCACUUUAUAACUGGAAUACGCAUGGCAUUUUACUUCUCCACUUUGUAACAGGGAGUUCAGGAGCUCAAAGGAUGUGAGAACAUGUCCUCAGGACAUGGAAGUCCACGUGAACACAAGGCUGAAGGGUGCUUCUGCACUCCUUUGGCAUUCUGAUUAGAGUUUUACUUGUUUAUGACUUGAGGUCUUAAGAUAGUUGAAAAUAAUUGAAUUACCGUUUGAAGUUGGUUUGUUCCAUGUGCAUCAUAAACAUCAUCUGUGUUUGUAAAAUCUGUCAGAAAUAUAGUACCAAACACAAAUUUGUGUGUCAGGCUAUGGGGAGGGGGGGCUACACCUUAUCUGAUUAAUAAAAAGUAUCAAAGCCUU